AUAUUAGCCAGUUAUUUGCCAAAAUAGAUGAAUGAUAUAUAAAAAAUACACUAAUGUAGCAAAUUACACAGCCAUGGCAUAAACAGAAAUGCAUAUACCAUGACUAUGGUUUACAUUGAAGGAAAUAUGAUGAUAGAAAUAGCUAGCCAAGGCGGUGCUCCUGCCAGAUUCUUUCAUGUAGUAGUCCUCAAGAUCCCAUUUCCUGUGUGCAAAUCAAAUCUCUCUAGGAAAAUAAUAUGAUUCCUAUCUCCCUACUCUUCCUCUCUAAAAAUUUUGCCCUCUGGUGUGCAUCCAAUUCACUCCACACCAAAAACAAAUAACUGGACAACUCCCUUUACAAGCCCUCUCUUCAUUUGCAUAUACCAAAUCCCCAAAUUUCUACUUAUUGAUGAGAAGGUUUUCUUUUGAAGUCUGCUUGAAUGGAAUUGAAGAAAACUAAUUCUCAGGGAGCUUAGGGAACCACAGAGAGAUCCUUCCCAGCUCAUGAGCUAAACAUAUUAGGCAGUGGUAACAGCAAGGAAGCAACUAACAAAGUUAUUCAAUCUUGUAGCUAGUGUUGUGAAGAGGAAGUGGAGACCAUGAUAGAAGAAUAAGCAUAAAGAACCAUGACUGUCAAGCUUAUUUCAGUAGUUAUAUAAUAAAAGGUUUGAGUGUAGCAAUUCUGUGCAAGAAUAAGAUUGUAUAGUUGGU